UCAUGGGGCCCCCGGGCAAUAGGGGAUCAUGGGGCCCCUGUGUCCUUGCCUAAACUCAAGAAAGCCUAUGAAAAAGGUACCAGGGGCAUCUCAUGGGGCCCCCUACUGACCCCGGGCCCUCGGGCAGUGCCUGAGUUUCCAAAUGGUCAGUCCGUCCCUGUUUGGCAGUAUAUGGCUGUUUGCACAUCCAAGUAGCAUUCACAUAGAGGGCUCUAGGCAUACAAGGACAAAGCAGGAGCAGUCAAAACGUUAGCAGCUUGUUGUGGGCCCUCCAUGACCAUUAAAUUAUUUUUUUCAGUCAAAGCCUGAUGAACAUAA